GAUUGUUUUCUUACGACAAGGAAUCGAAUCCGAAGUAUUCAAGACGCGCGCUAAAAUAGAAGUCAAACACAAUUACACGUACACGUAAUGCGAGUCGUGGCCAACAUGUUGACCCAGUAAAAGACAUGGUCAACAUUGGUCAUCGAUCGACUACGUCUCAAUUUUACCCUGCCAGCUGCCAGGUAUAUCCAUGAGAUUUAGUAUGUUGCGCAUGCACGGAUAAGAGAAUUAAUUAUACUAUACUCUGAGCUCUAGCAAAUAAGGAUGGAACCAGUUUUCGUGGCAUUUAUCGUCGCGACUGUCUGCUUAUUCACCUUUACCUUGCUAUUUGGAAUAUUCUGCCGAGGAAGCCAACUCCGGCCAACAGCAGGCGGCGGCGGCGGUAUUGAUCUUCAGCAGCAUCAUCACAGUCAUCUUUUUCAUGGUGGACUGAAUAUAGAUGUUGGGGCUACUGCAGCCAGCGGAGUUGCUGGAUGUGAUAUUGGUAGUGGUGGAGGAGGAGGAGGAGGAGGUGGUGGUGGAGGAGGAUGUGAUGUUGGUGGCGGCGGCGGCGCUAGUGCUUGUUAAACAAACUCCAUUUCACAAUGAAGUCAAAGCUAUUUUACCCCACGAUUUCAAAAUUUUGAAAUUGAUAAAGUGAAUUAUGCAUCAGAUUUUCAAUCUUGGUUGUGAAUAGUUAAUUAAGACGACUGGAAUCCUUAUUAUGGUGCAUAAGUGCAGAGAACAUUCAUAUUUUUUUUUUGCCUGAAUUGUUAUUUAUUUCAUUGUGAUUCAUGGUGAUGUUGUCUGUAUUUUCAGGUACUUUCAAUGAG